UCCGUAGAGGAGAGAGAUGGCGGCUUCUCGGGAUGUCCACGUAGAAAUCUGUCACCAAGAAAUCAUCAAGUAUGAUCUGGAGAUCAAAGCGCUGAUCCAGGAUAUCCGGGAAUGCAUCGGACCCAUCAGUGCACUGAACGACCUCAAUGCUCAAGUGAAAGACAAGUUCCAGCUCUUAAGACUGAGGAUACAGGACCUGGAGCAGAUGGCCAAAGAGCAAGACAAGGAGUCAGACAAGCAAGCCUUACUGAAAGAGAUGGAAUGCCACAAAAAGCAGAUGCUCAGCAAUCAGAGUGUGUGGAGGAAGGCUAAUCUUUCUUGUAAGUUGGCGAUUGAUAACUCUGAGAAGGAUGACCUGCUUGAUGGCGGUAGUUCUACAAGACAGAGGAAUGUAACCAAAGAAAACCUGGCAGAGUCCACAAGCGGCAUUACGGAAAGCCUAAUGAGUGUCAGUCGAAUGAUGGCUCAGCAGGUGCAGCAAAGCGAAAUAACUAUGCAUACUCUAGCCACCUCAUCCAGGACAGUCCAGGAAGCCAAUGAAGAAUUCAAGUCCAUGUCUGGAACCAUCCAGCUCGGCCGUAAACUCAUUACCAAAUAUAACCGCCGGGAGCUGACGGACAAGUUGCUCAUUUUCCUGGCACUUGCCUUGUUUCUGGCAACCGUACUGUAUAUUUUAAAGAAGAGGCUCUUUCCAUUCUAGCAGAGGCAGCACACACUGGGACGUUACUUACUGAUGGCUGCUAGCAUAAACCUGUGUGUCUCUG